AUGCUGGAGGAGAGAAAGGCCUCAGAGGAUGUAGUGAGGGAGAACCUGCAGGUUGUUGGUGUGACUGAGGAGAAUGUUCAUGACAAGAUGAACCACACUGGAGAGAAACCGUAUCAGUGCUCACAGUGUGAGAAGAAUUUUAAUACACAGAGUAAUCUUAAAGUACACCAGCACAUUCACCAUGGAGAGAAACCAUAUCAGUGCUCAAAGUGUGGAAAGAGUUUUAAACAUCACAAUGAUCUUAAAAGACACCAGCGCAUUCACACUGGAGAGAAACCGUAUCAGUGCUCACAGUGUGGAAAGAGUUUUAAUAUACAGAGUAAUCUAAAAAAACAUCAGCGCAUUCACACUGGAGAGAAACCGUAUCAGUGCUCAAAGUGUGAGAAGAGUUUUAAUGGACAGAGUGAUCUCAAAACACACCAGCGCAUUCACAGUGGAGAGAAACCCUAUCAGUGCUCACAGUGUGGAAAAAGUUUUAGUCAACAGAGUAAUCUCAAAAAACACCAACGCAUUCACACUGGAGAGAAACCGUAUCAGUGCGCACAGUGUGGGAAGAGUUUUAAUCAACAGAGUUAUCUCAAAAUACACCAGCGCAUUCACACUGGAGAGAAAUCGUAUCAGUGUGCACAGUGUGAAAAGAGUUUUAAUACAAAGCGUGAGCUUAAAAUACACCAGCGCAUUCACAGUGGAGAGAAACCGUAUCAGUGCUCACAGUGUGGGAAGAGUUUUAUUACACAGAGAGUUCUCAAAACCCACCAGCGCAUUCACACUGGAGAGAAACCGUAUCAGUGCUCACAGUGUGGAAAGAGUUUUAUUACACAGAGUAAUCUCAAAAUACACCAGCGCAUUCACACUGGAGAGAAACCGUAUCAGUGCUCACAGUGCCAUAAGUGUGGAAAGAGUUUUGCUCAACAGGGUACCCUUCAAAAACACCAGCGCAUUCACACAGGAGAGAAGCCAUUUCAGUGCUCAGAGUGUGGAAGCAGUUUUUCUCGUCAGAGUACGCUCCAAAGACACCAGCACAUUCACACAGGAGAGAAGCCAUUUCAGUGCUCGGACUGUGAAAAGAGUUUUACUCAAAGCAGUAACCUUAAAUCACACCAGCGUAUUCACACAGGAGAGAAACCGUAUUACUGCUCAGAGUGUGGGAGGAGUUUUUCUUACAGUAAUGCUCUUAAAGUACACCAGCGUAUUCACACUGGAGAAAAGCCACAUCACUGCUCAGAGUGUGGAAAGAGUUUCAUUCAAAGUUGUGACCUUAAAGUACACCAGCGUGUUCACACUGGAGAGAAGCCCUAUCACUGCUCAGAGUGUGGAAAGGGUUUUAUUCAAAGAAGUGACCUUAAAGUACACCAGCGUGUUCACACUGGAGAGAAGCCGUAUCACUGCUUAGAGUGUGGAAAGAGUUUUGCUCAACAGAAUAACCUUCAAAAACACCAGCGUAUUCACACAGGAGAGAAACCAUAUUACUGCUCAGAGUGUGGAAAGAGUUUUGCUGAACAUGGUACCCUUCAAAAACACCAGCGUAUUCACACAGGAGAGAAACCAUAUAACUGCACUGAGUGUGGAAAGAGUUUUGCUGAACAUAGUACCCUUCAAAACCACCAGCGUAUUCACACAGGAGAGAAACCGUAUAACUUCACUGAGUGUGGAAAAAGUUUUACUCAAAGUAGUGCCCUUAAAGUACACCAGCGCAUUCACACAGGAGAGAAACCGUAUCACUGCUUAGAGUGUGGAAAGAGUUUUACUCAAAGUAGCGUCCUUACAGUACACCAGCGUAUUCACACAGGAGAGAAGCCGUAUCACUGCUCAGAGUGUGGAAAGAUUUUUGCUCAUGAAAAUAAUCUCAAACGGCACCAGCGCAUUCACACUGGAGAGAAACCAUAUCGGUGCUCACAGUGUGGAAAGAGUUUUAAUACAAAGAGUGAGCUCAAAAUACACCAGCGCAUUCACAGUGGACAGAAACCGUAUCAGUGCUCACAGUGUGGAAAGAGUUUUAAUCAACAGGGUCAUCUCAAAACACACCAGCGCAUUCACAGUGGAGAGAAACCGUAUCAGUGCUCACAGUGUGGGAAGGGUUUUAAUACAAAGAGUGAUCUGAAAAAACACCAGCACAUUCACACUGGAGAGAAACCGUAUCAGUGCUCACAGUGUGGAAAAAGUUUUAAUCAACAGAGUCAUAUCAAAAUCCACCAGCGCAUUCACACUGGAGAGAAACCGUAUCAGUGCUCACAAUGUGGUAGGGGUUUUAAUACAAAUAAUGAUCUCAUAACACACCAGCGCAUUCACACCGGAGAGAAACCAUAUCAGUGCUCACAGUGUGGAAAGAGUUUUAAUACAAAGAGUGAGGUUAAAAUACACCAGCGCAUUCACACUGGAGAGAAACCGUAUCAGUGCUCACAGUGUGGGAAGAGUUUUAUUCAACUGAGUCAUCUCAAAAUCCACCAGCGCAUUCACACUGGAGAGAAACCGUAUCAGUGCUCACAGUGUGGGAAGAGUUUUAAUCAACAGAGUCAUUUCAAAAUCCACCAGCGCAUUCACACUGGAGAGAAACCGUAUCAGUGCUCACAUUGUGGGAAGAGUUUUAAUCAACAGAGUGCUUUCAAAACACACCAGCGCAUUCACACUGGAGAGAAACCGUAUCAGUGCUCACAGUGUGGAAAGAGUUUUAUUACACAGAGUGAUCUAAAAAAACACCAGCGCAUUCACACUGGAGAAAAACCGUAUUUCUGCUCACAGUGUGGGAAGCGUUUUAAUGCACAGAGUAAGCUCAAAAUACACCAGCGCAUUCACACUGGAGAGAAACCAUAUCGGUGCUCACAGUGUGGAAAGAGUUUUAAUACAAAGAGUGAGCUCAAAAUACACCAGCGCAUUCACAGUGGACAGAAACCGUAUCAGUGCUCACAGUGUGGAAAGAGUUUUAAUCAACAGGGUCAUCUCAAAACACACCAGCGCAUUCACAGUGGAGAGAAACCGUAUCAGUGCUCACAGUGUGGGAAGGGUUUUAAUACAAAGAGUGAUCUGAAAAAACACCAGCACAUUCACACUGGAGAGAAACCGUAUCAGUGCUCACAGUGUGGAAAAAGUUUUAAUCAACAGAGUCAUAUCAAAAUCCACCAGCGCAUUCACACUGGAGAGAAACCGUAUCAGUGCUCACAAUGUGGUAGGGGUUUUAAUACAAAUAAUGAUCUCAUAACACACCAGCGCAUUCACACCGGAGAGAAACCAUAUCAGUGCUCACAGUGUGGAAAGAGUUUUAAUACAAAGAGUGAGGUUAAAAUACACCAGCGCAUUCACACUGGAGAGAAACCGUAUCAGUGCUCACAGUGUGGGAAGAGUUUUAUUCAACUGAGUCAUCUCAAAAUCCACCAGCGCAUUCACACUGGAGAGAAACCGUAUCAGUGCUCACAGUGUGGGAAGAGUUUUAAUCAACAGAGUCAUUUCAAAAUCCACCAGCGCAUUCACACUGGAGAGAAACCGUAUCAGUGCUCACAUUGUGGGAAGAGUUUUAAUCAACAGAGUGCUUUCAAAACACACCAGCGCAUUCACACUGGAGAGAAACCGUAUCAGUGCUCACAUUGUGGAAAGAGCUUUAAUCAACAAAGUGCUCUCAAAACACACCAGCGCAUUCACACUGGAGAGAAACCAUAUCAGUGCUCACAUUGUGGAAAGAGCUUUAAUCAACAGAGUGCUCUCAAAACACACCAGCGCAUUCACACUGGAGAGACAUUAGCUGCAUCCAGAAUCGCAUACUGACAGAGUCUGUACUAGAUUGGAGGAAGUACGCAGCGCUUUCAGUACAGAAGUGUGCAGUAUGCACACAACACUAGGGGUGGGCGAUAUGGCCUUUAAAAAAUAUCAUGAUAUCUUAGCGAUAAUGAUAUUCACUCGGGAUACAUAAGAACACACUUGUUUUGCAGACACUCAGGAAAUUUAAGGUACAAAUGUUACUAAAUGUCCAUUAAAUUAAGC